AGCCUUUUAUUCUGAAAGCUAAACCGCCUCACUUCCGUCGUGGCUCUGCCUCACACCCUGUUCUUUGACUCCGCCCGUGCGCCUGUGGACAUCAUCACCACCACUACCACCAUCAUCAUCAUCAUCAUCAUCAUCAUCGUCACCGCCACCAUCCGGAUUCACGCUGCAAUAAAAGUUUCCUCCCUCCGCUGUUGACAUUGCGGUCCGUGUGUGUGUGCGUGUGAGUGAGAGACAGAGACAGCGAGAGUGUGUGUGUGUGUGUGUGUGUACGUGUGCGUGCGUGUGUGUGUCUGUGUGUGUGUGCGUGUUUUUUUUCUUGCUGCGAUGCGUUCACGGCCCGGGCUCAAACCUGCGGCUCCGGCACGACACAACAAGCCUUCCCCUGUCGGCCUCCAGUCGUGACAUUUUUCCCCUCUCUCCCUCUCUCCCUCUCUCUCUGUCUCUCCGUCCCAAACAGAAGCUGAAAAUGUUUCCUGGCGGAUUAAGGAGCUGACGAGCCGAGGACAUCCAAUUUAAUUUUAAUUUAAUUUAUUUUAUUUUAUUCUAACCUCCGGCAGCAACAGGCAUCCUCCUCCACCUGGACGAUAUUGAGGUGUUUUUUUUUUUUUUUUUUUUUUUUUUUUGCGUCUCCUUUGAAGCGACAGCGGCUCAGAAACAUGCGGUCGAGCAGCAGCUGAAUUUUUUGCGUGUUUUCUUUUUUUUCCCGCAUCCCAAACGCGCACAGGCUGCUGUUUGUCUGCGCCGGACACGUAUGCAGCCCGCAAACACAGGAUAAAAAAAAAAUAGGCCAAAUAAAUAUGGGAACUCAGGUCACUGGCAGGAAGAGGAUCCCGAACAGGGAGAAGCUGACCGCCGAGGACGAUGCCCUCAACCAGAUCGCCCGGGAGGCGGAGGCGAGGCUGGCGGCGAAGCGAGCGGCGAGGGCCGAGGCCAGGGAGAUUCGGAUGAAGGAGCUGGAGCGACAGCAGAAGGAGCUCUACCAGGCCCAGAAGAAGUAUUAUGGUCUGGACAGCAAGUGGGGCCACAUUGAGCAGUGGAUGGAGGAGAGCGAGAGAUACUCUCGCCACUCGCGGAGACACACCUCGAUCUCAGACGAUGAGGAGCGAAUGUCGGUGGGGAGUCGGGGCAGCCUCAGGCCUUCAGACUACAGUGGUUUUCUUGGCUCCAGCUCUCGGGCCUCCUCCAGGGCGAGUUCGGCUCGUGCCAGCCCAGUGGUGGAGGAGCGGCCCGACAGAGACUUCCUGGAUAAAGGCUCCAGGACGGCGUCCACGCUGUCGGCGGCCACGCUGGCCUCGCUGGGCGGGGCGUCGUCCCGCAGGGGGAGCUGCGACACGUCCUUCUCCGUGGAGACGGAGGCGUCCAUACGGGACAUGAAGGACUCGCUGGCGGAGUCGGAGGAGAAGUACCGCAAAGCGAUGGUGUCCAACGCCCAGCUGCACAACGAGAAGUCCAACCUGAUGUACCAGGUGGACACGCUGAAGGAGGCGCUCAUCGAGAUGGAGGAGCAGCUGUGGGAGGCGCGCCGCGAGUGCCAAGACAAGUCCAAGGAGUUUGAGAGGGAGCGUCACGCCCACAGCGUCCUGCAGUUCCAGUUUAAGGAGAUGAGAGAGACGCUGAAGCAGAGUGAAGAGCUGCUGACGGAGGUCGUUCAGCUCCGGCUGAAAAGCGAGAGCUACGCCGGGGAGAUCGCCGACCUGCAGGAGACCCUGGAGUGGAAGGAGAAGAAGAUCGGGGCCUUGGAGCGGCAGAGGGAAAUUUCGGACCUUGUGCGGCUCGAGCGCGACCGGCACAAGGACGAGGUGGUCCGACUCAGAGAUCUGCUCAAGAAACAUGGAGUCGUGCUUUCUCCUGAGGUCACCACCAAUGGGGAGACGGGACAGGGCGAGGCUGAUGACGUCAGUGCAGAAUCUGCCUCCCGAUUGGCUCAGGAUCCCUCUCAUGGCGGUGGAGAGGGAAUGCUCGAGCUCCGGCUGAGGAAACUGGUCGAUGAACGGGAGAGUUUGCUGGAUCAGGUGAGGCGUCUGAAGUCCCAGCUGGAGCAGAGACAGAAGAACGGGACGGACGGUCACGGCCCGGAGGAAGGCGGUCUGGAAAACGGCCUGGACUCCCACAUCCUGGAUCUGCAGAGAGACGCCAACAGGCAGAUCAGCGAUCUCAAGUUCAAACUCGUGAAAUCGGAGCAGGAAGUCACCGCUUUGGAGCAAAACAUCAUACGGCUGGAGGGCCAGGUGACGCGCUACAAGACGGCGUCGGAGAGCGCCGAGAAAGUCGAGGACGAGCUGAAGGUGGAGAAGCGCAAGCUGCAGCGAGAGCUGAGGUCGGCCCUGGACCGGAUCGACGAGCUGGAGGCGGCCAACAGCCACCUGUCCAAACGCCUGGAGAAGAUGAAGGCCAACCGCAACGCCCUGCUGGCCCAGCAGUGACGCCUCCUGCACCGCCGAGCGAGGAGGAGGGGAGGAGGGCUUUCCUUCUCCAACUGUCCCGCGAGGUUAGCGGUAACCUCACCGGCCAGUUGAGAAAAAACAAAAACAAAACAAAACUCUAAAACAGCUCCAAGCGAGCGAAGGCUUGUGAUGCAAAAGCUGUCCGAUACGAGGAAACGUCAGGCUCACACAGUUACCCGCCUCGUGCCAUGUUCUCAUCUUCACCUCCGACAGCGACGGACUGACAAUCAGACGAGUGGAGGAAAGGCAGCGGCGCUCUCAGAGGACAAACACACCUCCGUCACAGAGGAUUCGCUCAAUACUCCCUGCACUUUUUAAAAAAAAUUUUAUUUUCAUUUUAAUUCUUCCUGUUUCACUCUGCGCAGAGAGCCACCUGGAAAUAUCAGAAUAACUUCCCUCAGUACUCGACGACUUCCAAAUCGAUUCCACUUUUGAUAAUCGAGUCAUCCUCGUAGUCGUUUAUCAAGUGAAAAAUAUCAAACGUUUGCUGGCGACACAAAUGCGAAAAUGAGUUUACUUUUCUCUUCAUAUCAUAAAAUAAAAACUUUGCGAGUUUUUUUUUGGCUGCUGGUCAGACGAAGGAAGCAAUUUGAAGACGCCGUAACUUGUACUUGUGGUUAAUCAAUUAAUCAAACAAAAAAACAAAAAAAGAAGAAAUUGACGGGUUGAGCAGCAAACAAGUUGUUCCGGUCUUUGUCUAAAUUUAUUGACUCCACCCGCCUGGCGUCUGUGCAAGCUCAAACAAACCAUAAAACGAGUCAGCGUGGAGCAUUUCUUGAUCUGGGUGUCGGUAGAAGGACAGCAGCACAAAACAAACUCGAGGAAGUUAUCUGUCGAGGAAAACGUCGUUCCACCAGGCAGCACCGUGUUGUAGCUCUGGGCCACACGGGAGUCCCGACCCGGGCCAAACAGCGCCUGCACACACACUCUGCCCGGGGUUUGUUUUCGACCUCUUGGCGCGCCACGUGGGCGGAGUUUGACACAUUAAGUAAUAACAGAAACUGCAGAUUUGUUUUGAAAUUUGCUUGUAAGAUUCAAUACAGGCUUCACUGUUCAAUUCAACCACAAAACAAUGUAACUUUUAAAAAAAUUAUAACAAAAAAUUUUAUAAUUCCAAUUAUAGGGUUAUGUUUAUUUCCAAGCCAUAAAUAAUUUCCCAUACAUACUGUCACAUUUUCGUAUCACAAUUUUUAUCAUUUUUUUGUGGCCAACUGUUCUUAUGUUUUCUCUUUUUCAUACUCUAAAGGGAUUAGGGAUUAUUCCACAAAAAAUAACAACAACAAUCAAUUAAUCUAAUCAAUAAAUCAACAAAAACAGUAUUUAAGUAAUUGAUUAACAAUAAUAAGGCAAGUUAUGUGCAUGCUAUGUUUAUGAUAAAUUUUGAUGUACCCCGUUUUGAUUUAGGAGCGACAAGGCAUUUAAAAGGCAGUUGAGUGUGUGUGUUUUUUUAUUGUUUGUGUUGUUUUGUUUUUUAAGCCCCGCCCACUUGGCCCGCGAAGUCGGACAACACAAACAGCUGCAGAGUUUUUUGCAAGUCCUGUUUGGUCCGAGUCCGCCUCCGUCGACGUGCAGCUCCUCUGUGCAGCGUGUGGCGCUACCUCUUCUCGGACACUAGGGGCCGCUGUCACACACACACACACACACACACACACACACACACACACUGGGCUGGCCUCCCUGCAGCAGUCAAGUUGUGCUGGUUUGGUUUUGUCUCUUUCUUUUCCAGUUUUCUGUGUUUUGAUCGGGCCUCGUUCCCUCCGUCUUAUUUCUGUCUAAAGAUCUGUCGGGCUGGGUAUUAUUUCUGAAAAAAACAACCAUAUCAAUUUAUUAGUACGCCUGCUGAGGCAUUUAAAUGUAUACAGUGACGAAAACUGUGCAUAAUCUCCAUUUAGUCUCAUAUUCAGUGUUAAAAUCUUGUUUUUUCCUAAAUAAGGUCAAAAAUCUGCCAGUUGCAAUGAGAUGGUUUCUCUUCUUUCCAACACUAAUCAACUUGUUUCCUGAAUUUUCUUGAAUCAAGAGUCAUUUUCUUGAUCUUUGUGGCUGAAAUGCCUUGUUUUGCCUUGUUUCACCAGAUUUAUACUUGUUCCCACGAGAAAAAUAAUCCUGAAACUGCACUGGGAACAAGUGGAAUUAUCUCAUCCCGCUGAACAAAAACGAGAUUUUAACCCGGAACGUUGAGACGGAGUGAGACGUUUUUGCCGUGUGGUUUGGGAAAGAGGCCGCAGGUUUUCUACAUUUUCAUGUAGGAGUGUGAUUCACCUCAGUUUAAGAAAGCAGAGGAGAAUGUGUGUGUUCUGGUAUGAAAACAAGGCCACAACGCGCGUGUGUGUGUGUGUGCACAUAAAUAUAUGUAUAUACAGUAUAUGAUAAAAAGGUGGAAACACACCUGGCACAACUGAAUCAGGAAUAUCCAGUACAUGUCCUUUUUUUAAUCAUCAUCAUUAUUAUUAUUGUUGCUAUUAAUAUUAUUUUGUGUGUGUUGUUUUUCUGAAACCUGUCAUGACACGUGGGAUGUAACAUCACCAGCCUGUAAAUGUGUGAGUGUCGCGGCUCUUUGCUGAAUGAAUGAACGUGUGAAGAGUUUGGUUCCAAAACAAAAACAACAACAACAA